AUGACAGGCGCCAACUCGCCCUUUGACCACGACGGCGACAGUCUCAUGCAGUCUGCCAACUCUGAUCCGAGCACACCAAACGCUCAGAUCCGCUCCAUCGCCAUCUCCGACCUCUCACCUCCAAACUCCCAAGGCGUCCCCCUUCCAGUCGACAUGCCCACGGUCGCUCCCUCUGCUUCCGGCGCAAAUAUGAACGGAAAACGGCCCAUCUCCUCCAUCGACCACUCUCAAGAGUCACAGGGAGGUGUACCACUCAGCGCCAGCAUUCCUACCGAUGCUUCAAUCAAAGCUUCCUCUAGCUACCAGUACACACAACCAGAGGACGCGCCUGGCUAUGCUUGGAAGAACAAAAAGGCUCAGGACGACUUCACUCGUGCCUGGGACUCACUUGUCGACAAGAGUCGCAGAAUCGGCAGUGCGUGUCUCUCAUCACCAGAGUGGCAUGUUGUUUCGCUAACACAAUUCNNAGACAAGUACGGUGAUCCAUUUGCCAUGGCCGACCGCGAACUCGCCAUGAUGAACUCGCGCCAACAGUAG